UUAGAGCAAAGCACUAUAAACAGGUUCAUUAGAGAAGAAACCAUGUUUGAUUACACAGCAAUAUUCAAUAAAGCAUUGCGGACUGCUGAAAUGUACACCGUACGAUAUCGAUGUAUCAAUAUCGAUACCUUGAUAGUAAACAGAGAGAGGGAGAUAAAAAAAGGUGUGCAGUGCAAAAUUUCGAAAAUACAGUUGUAGGCAUUUAAGCUGCGGAAAUGGCAUUUAGCUAUGCUGCACUAACAUACAUUAUUGCAUUAAUAAUUGAUGCUCUUUUAAUAUUUUCAGCAAUAUUUCAUGUUAUAGCUUUCGAUGAACUGAAGACUGAUUAUAAAAACCCCAUCGAUCAGUGCAAUAAUUUGAAUCCGCUUGUCUUACCUGAAUACCUGGUACAUCUUUUCUUUAAUAUUUUGUUCCUCACGGCUGGAGAAUGGUUUUCACUGUGUCUGAAUAUUCCACUCAUUGCAUAUCACUUUCACAGGUACCGGACUCGUCCUGUCAUGUCAGGCCCUGGGCUGUACGAUCCCACAAGCAUAAUGAAUGCAGAUGUAUUAAACAGGUGCCAGAAAGAAGGCUGGAUUAAGCUCGCAUUUUAUUUAUUAUCAUUUUUCUAUUACUUGUAUGGCAUGAUCUACUCCCUCAUAUCAAACUAAACUGCAGCUGGGAGCCUGUGCAUACAGUAUUCAUUACCUCUGGUCACAAUUAUAGUCAUGGACAACUGUGUGUGUUUGUGUGCUCAUACAUCACAGUGUUGCAAAUAUCUCCUAAGUAGCAGAAUGGGAGUGUUUCACCACUAUUCAUAAAAACUUGGCUGUUAUCUUAUUUGCAUGUAACUGGUCAGCUCCAUUUUUUAGAUGUGAUUUGUACAAAAUACUGUAGAUUAAUGAACUUUAAUAUAAACAGUUUUUAUAAUUA